CUGUACUGUCUCUGCGUGUCCACGCCACGCAGUGAACGCACUCACACACGCACACACACUCACACAAAUGCACGCAGAGCAGGCAUCCAGGUCCCACAUCCUGGUACUUUUUCAGCGUUGUCAAGGCAGCCUCAGAGAGCACGGCUGGCUAGGCGGAAAGUAGCUGCAGUGUCCUGGCAACGUAUCUGUCCAAAAAAAACGUUCACAAAAACUGUCCCGGAAAGUUAGAUGUAACUGAAAAGGUAUCGGGACACCUGCAUACCGAUGUAAUGUCCGAAAUUUGGCAGCUGCUCAGCAGAGCCAAGCAUCGUGUCGGAGGACACCAUGUAAGGACACUACACUGACGGCAUGAAUUGAAUCAGCGCGUCAAGGGAAGAGCCAACCAGCACUGUUGGAUGAGAACUGAUGGGCCGUCCAAGCUGGCGAUGCCAACUGAAAAAGAUAAAGGCGGUUCAAAGUCCCACCGCUACCGGCCGGCCUCAGAAUACGACGAUGCCACCCUCACCCAAAAGAGACAAUACUGGAGAACCAAGAAACGAGAGCAGAGGGCCCGACUGACAGAGCGCAGAGGAAAGGGAACACCAGGCGGAAAGCUCCUACAUCUGCAUACCCCUGCAGUGGGGAAUUCUACUUUAUCCGGCUCGUUUGCUACUUUCGCUUCUCCUUUGCAGGUUAACGAUGACUCAUGCAAAACAGUCACCGUCUCUUCUGCAUCACAAGUUGGAAAUACAGUUGGGUGCAGCACAGUCAAAGCCACUGAAAAUCCAAAGGAGAAGUGGCUCCAUACAAUGAAACUUGACAGGAUCAUGCCUCAGUUACCAGCGUUGUGUACCAUCUCAGCCAAAGCUGCUAGGGGCAACCCGGGCACAGCGAGGGUUGCUGUGAGAGGGGCCGUUACCUCACCCACACCCGGUGGAACCCAGCUGAACACCCGUUCCUCAGUGCCUCCAGUCAGAGUGACCAGAACUAUCAAUGGCAGCUCCGCUGAAACAACGCCUCAGUCAUGUGUGUCUAUGCAGGGCGCAUCAGUCCCAAAAAUACAACAUAGGGCACAAGUUGCUUUAGGCAUUCGGCCCAAACUCCUACCAACCAAUGUGACCACAGGCAUGAUUCUUGUGUCUUCGCCAUGUGUCCCAGUGUCUGUUAAAACAGAGGACAGAACAGCGAACGCAGCACCUCAAAGUGGAACAAAGAGUGCCUUGGUCACCUUGCAUAGGGCUAAAGGUGUUAGCAACUCCCAUUCUUCCCCGGAGACGGAGGAGGAGAGAGCAGCCAGGCGCAGAGAGCAAUGGCGGAUCAAAAAGCGAGAGCAGAGGGCAAAGCUGGCAGCUCAGAUAACUAAAGCCAGAGAAAGGACGCAGAGCCAGGGGUUGACGUUACAGAGGCAAACAGCACAAAAAACAGGACUUGUGGGAGGCAAGAUUCUACAGCAUCUUCCAUCUCAGUCAUUUUUGAGAGGAUCAGGCCAGAGGCAGUGUCCUACUCAGGUCAAAACUUCAUUUACAUCUGCCAAAAGGGACAAUGAUGAACUGAAAAGUGUGGCAGGAAGUUUAGUUACCGUUAACCUGCAAGCAGAUCAGAUUAAGGUACAAAAUCCACAUGGGAAUAGGACAACACAGAGAGGCUUCACAUGUGGGGCUAUUUCUGUUAGAAAGCCAGGGGAGCCGAUGAGAAAGUUUCCAAGUUAUGUACAUCUUUCUAAUGUUGCCCGAGGGAUAGCACGAUGUAAAACACCUAGACAGAGGUUCAUCGAUGCCCAGAAGAAUUUCAUGAAUCAAAGAAACAUAAGAUGUAGAUCCCCGUUUCUUGCUUCAGUCUUUGGUACCAGAAAUAUGCCCAAAAUUGACCCCAAGGACACGCCUGAGCAGAUAAUAGCCAAACGGCGAGAGUACUGGCGGAUUAAAAAGCGGGAACAGCGAGCUAGGUUGUCGAUGGAAGUAAAGUCUCGGUUGAAGGAGAAGGACUCUCUGAUGCGAAGGGUGAAACGUUACCAGUCGAUCCUGGAGGAGAUGAGGAGGGCCAGAGCACUGGCCCAGUCAGCAGGGAGCAGACUCACCCACGCCUCUGAGACCAUUGGCGGGUUCAUCAAAGAGGAUGGGACAGUGACCAUUAACAUCCCCCUGGUCCCUUCAGAUCACAACACAGCAGCACACAACAGUGAAGAAGAGUGUCAUGUAGUUCCUAAUAACACUCCCAUCACAAAACCUCAGCACCAACCUUCUAUUCAACUAAGCGGUAUAACACCCAUUCGUGUAACCCAGCCCCCUACUCCCCUCCGCCCAGCUCACGUGAAAGUCUCUUUUCCUCUUGCUGGACAGUCAGUCAACAAUCCUCCAGGACUACUGCCAAUCAGUCCAUGGACUCAACUUGAAAGCACAACUGUUCCUAAUCCACACAUGUUAGCAAUCCAAACUGUUAGUCAGCUCACACUCACUCAUCCUCAGACCCCUCAAAAGGCCGUUUCUGGAGGAUCAACAGCGGGGUCCAACCUCGGGGGCUGUGUCAUGAAAAUGGCCGUCUCAAGUGGUGCUCCAUCACUGUCGGCGCUCUCUCUGGAUCCAGAGAUGACAGAGGAGGAGAGGAUGGUAAAGAAGAGGGAGUACUGGAGGAUAAAGAAGCGAGAGCAGCGAGCAGCUCGUGCUGCUCGAUUGAAGCAAGGCGUCUUACAGGCCAGGGCCUGUGCGACCUUACAGAGGAGGAGGGCCCAGAAGCAAGUAGCAGUCACCAGCGCACCACCAGGCAGAAGUCUUACUAACCAUACAGGAAAUGCACAAUCUCUCCCCAACAACAGUGGGCCGGCUACGCCACAUGCAAAUGAGAUAAAACAAGAGAGUGAGUCUAUGCCAGAAGUUGACCUAAAUUCUCAACCAGAACAAGCCAUCUGUCCAGAUUUCAAAGCCUCAAACUCCCCACCACCACCUCUAGGGCCUCAUGCGGAGCCGGACCCAGCUCUGAAUGCAGACAGCCAAGCUACCACUCUGCUAGCCGUAGCCUCUAUGAAGAAACUCCUGGAAGAAUCACUGAGCACAGUGACUGAGUGUAGCAGUGAGCAGACGGCUGUAAAAAUGGAGUCAACAGAAGAGGCCUCAGAGCAAGAGAUGGAAAAUGUACCUCAGAAUGAGUUGGCUCCUAUUGCUGCUGACUUGACAUUAGAGUUAAAAAGCUGGCAGCCGGAUUGUGAUGCCUUGGUACAAGCAUGUUCACCAAGCCCUCAUCUCUUGGACACACCGCAAAGUAGAGAGACACUUCCACCUCUCCCUACCUCCAGCGAGGUAGUCCUGCCUCCCACCUGCGAGCACUCAUCCCAAACCCAUUCGAACUUCAUAGUAAAUCCCUGCACUGAAGCUUCUUCACGCGGAGCCCAGAGGCUUCGCACCAAAAAAGCAGUCCAUCAAAGCCCCUGUUCCCCAGAGCCGCCAAAGCUACAUCACCUACCAAUGGAUCAACCACAACCACAGCCGCAACACUGUGAACAACAGUGUCAGGCACCGGAAGAAUGCCAAAACAGCGACUCCCGAUCAGAACAAGGAUAUCUCAGUGUGGUGACCGAGCGCAGCGGUCUGUUCAGCCUGCAGCAGAAGAGGGAGUACUGGAAGCUGAUGAAGAGGCAGCAAAGGGCCAGGUUAAGGGCCAGGCAGAAAGACAGACACGGAGAAUGCAGCAGUCGCCUUUUCCAGAGAAACAUUCAGGCUCCAGGUCUGGUUAUGAACACUGUUAAGGGUGUAAGACCUCCAGGAAAACCAGCCCUCAAGUCCAGGCCAUCCAUAGCUCCUCUAACCGCAGUGACACGUAUCCCCUCUGUCCUGCUCGUUAGCCCCACAACAUGCACCGCUGACCAGUCACCUGACACACUCCAGGUCAAGUUGCCCGUCACCAGUGUCUCCUGUUCAUCCACAAGUGGCCAGAACCACGUGAACAUCGGACCUUCACAGAACGCGUCCGACUGUCAGGGAGCUCACGAGAAUCCGCAACAAGCCAUGCCAGGUUCACGAAAGUGGGUGUCCAGAAGCACAGACCUGGACCCGGCCCCCUCGCUCCCUACUCUGAAGCCCCCAGACAACCCACUGACCAGCAUCAACCUGCAACCCAUUGAACCCCCUCUAACUCCAAAUUCCACCGUCAGUCCAAUAAAAAUCCCUUGUUCUCCGCUUCGGAGUCCGACACGGAUAAUACAUACUCCCACCAAGCCGUCAUCUAUAACCUCCAUGGUUCCACCAAAGCCCGUCCCAGGGGAGUCUGAGGAGGACUUUCUGAGGAGGAAGAGGGAGUACUGGAGGAUAAAAAAGAAGGAACAGAGAGCCAGAAAGGCCAUUCGGGACAAGGGAAUCUCCCCAAGGAGAGCCUCCAACAACUUGAGGCCCAUCCUGCCUGCCCAGGAUCCACAAACACAGGAUUCUGGUCCGUGGGUGAGCUCCUCUGAGGAGUCAGAACAUCUAAUGAGCAAUUCAGAGGACACCGACCCAGGAUCGUAUUCAUUCUCAAGUUUCACAGCACCAGUCGAAGAUGAAACCGAGCUUCUGUUCGCUGACUAUGAGAAUAAUAACGGCGAGGAAGGUCCCGUCUCAGACGCCGUGUGGAGGAACCACUACCUCAUGGACUACGACCCGCUCAACCAGCUGCUGGUGUGCAUGGUGUGUGGGGAGCUGCAGUACUCCCACAGCCUGGAGGGAGUGAGGGCCCACAUCGACGAGGCCCACCCGGACACCCUGGCCCUGGAGCCCGGGGAGCAACGGCAAAUACUGGAGGCCUGGGACGAGCAGGUGUCCCAGAGGGAGCGCUUCUUCACCAGCCAGCUCCAGCAGCACAGCGGGGCCCUGACAGAAGCACACAGGAACUGAGGAGCAGAGGAGAGGACUGCAUGAGACGACAGAGGACCACUGACCAGGAGAGAAAACCCACACUUUGUCUUAUUUAUUUUAAUUGUAUCAAUAUGUUUACCUUCAUAGAGAGUCACCUUGAACGCUGUAUUGGGAACAUUCACUCCAACAAGCAGCUUUACCUCAUUUCCUACCAGGGUUGUAAUGUGGGUUUAUGACAGUCAGUACGGACAUUUUUUUACAUCGAAGCUAUGACGACUGAGAUUUUUUUGAUAUUUUAAAUAUUUAAAGAACUGCAGCCUACUGGGAAAUACAGUCUUUGUACCAUGGUAGGCUCAAAGCACCCUGGACCUAUGAACAUGCAGAGAAAAAACUAUAUUGAAAUAAUUUUAUAUUACUGCUCUACUUUCUAAAAUCUUCAAUUUUUCCUUUUAAGUUAGGCCAUUUUAAACCUCGACAACUAUAAGCAGUGUUUCAGUGUUAGUGACUCCACAUUUACUAUCUACCCAGACUAGAUCAAAUGUUGUUCAUUGCUGAACUUAUGAUUACAUAGACUGUGCCACUCCGUUCAACUCCUCUUCCUCACUACACUACUAACAGUAGGAUGAACAGUGCUACUGUUCAGUGCAGUUUGGAAAUAGUUAAAGCAAACAUUUGAACGUUCUGGGAGGACAAUAGACAAGAUCAUGCAAAUAAAACCUGCUGCUGGAAAACAGGUAAAAAAUUUAAGAUUUUUAUUUAUUUUAACCAAAUCACAGAGUUAAAGCCUGGUCACUUUUGGAAGUCUUUUGGAAAUAUUGGCUAAACCAUCGUAAAACAGUAACACAAGUAGAGAAGGGUCCUACAGUGGGCAAAAUGACAGUACACAGCAGAAUUCAUCUAAAGGUUGCUAACAUUAGCCAUUAUAGGCUACUGGGCAAACCUGACCAAGUAGAACUGCAUAGCAAAACUUGUGAGUGUACUGAAAUUGAGCAAAAGUGUGUUGUAUUGCUUAUGAGUCUAGCUUUUAUUUUCUAAUAGGAGGAUUCUGUUAUACUUUCGUUUUAAAAGUUACACUGUCUGUCUUUAAAAACAGAUCCAUAAAGCGCCAUGAACUUCUGAAGCCAGAGAGACCCAACUUACUUUAUACAGAAUGGAGAACUGACGUAAACAUUGUUGAAUAAAUCAACUAACUGAUACAAUGGGUAAUAAAGAAAUGAAAAUGUGUCAGAAGAACAUCAGUGCUGAACCACACUCACACCUUAAUAUCUAAUAGUUAUAAUAUGUUACACAGUCAAUUUGGAUUAUAGCUGUAAGAAAAUAAACUGUGUGACUGACACACACACAGUUCUACUAAUUCUGUUUUGUAUAAAGUUUAUUUUCUGCUCCAGUGGCAGGCAUGCGUUCAGGUCCAAGGCUGUUCUCAACCCUCGCUAGUUAAUGGAUUGUUGCAUGGGUGUCCAGAACUGCUCUACAAGAUUUUGUAUGCGAUACAAACAACCAUGCUGUUCUUCAAACUCCCAAACUUUUAUGUGUUCCUCCAUUACAACCUUUUGUAUAAACCUUUUUUACAACUUUCUCAAAUGUGUAAAAACCUCCUGCAUUUCAUAUCAACUUCACCAUGUGACAUCAAACAUCUAGCCAACCCUCUGCACUGUAAAUACACAAAAUACUAAGACGUGGUUGUGAGAGGUAUGAGACUGGCUGGUUUCACAAUAUUUGGAGCAAGGGUAUUAAUUAUUUAUUGAACCUCGUAUAUAAUGAUAAUUGAUGAUGCAUUAUUCAUAUCUGUAGAGAGUUCCAUGUUAAAAAAAAGUUUCUCAUUUGUGAGUAUUGAGAGUCCAAGGCUUUCCUGCAUGAGUAGUAAAAGGAUGAACAGUUGUGUAUCAGUUAUGAUAUACAUUCCCACGUGUUUGUACCAUUUCCAUUCAGAGUAAAAAGCUGAGAUGAUGUUCUGUUUGAGCACAACGCUGUAUAGAAGCCUGCCUGUACAGCUGCAACACAGUGUAAAUAGCUGGAAGCGACCAAGCUAUUUACCUUCUGAGAAUGUAGUUCUGACUUGAUGACUUGUUUACCAGUUCAAAGGGAAUGAUUCAAUGCCUUUUCAGUAAUAAACCUUUUCUACCUUU